AUGAGGUUUACAAUUGUAUUUUUUGGUGCUAUGGUUCAGCUGUUUGCUCUGGCUGCAGCACAGGUCGAUGGAGAGUUGUACCAGUACUUCAUCUUGUGCUGUGACAACUAUCCCGCCAGCUCCCGACUGUACACACCCGUGUACCACGACCGUGAUCACCUACCCUCCGCCUGGGUCGUCCGCGCCGCCGCCGGACGUCACUACCACGGUUACGGGGAGUUGUGUAGCAACCACAUCCUGCGCUCCAGUUACAGUGACGCCGCCUCCAGACUGCACUCACCCGUGUACCACAACAGUCACGACUUUCCCACCAUCACCAAGCACCUCUGCUAG